UCAAACUAUAUUUCAAGGCUACAAUAACCAAAACAGCAUGGUGCUAGCACAAAAACACACACAUAGACCAAUGGAACAGAAUAGAGAGCCCAGAAAUAAAGUCACACACCUAGAACCAUCUGAUUUUCAACAAACCUGACAACACAAGUCAAUAGGAAAAAGGACUUCUUAUUCAAUAAAUGAUGCUGGGAUAACUGGUUAGCCAUAUGCAGAAGACUGAAACUUCACCUUUCUUUUCCCCAUACACAAAAAUCAACUCAAGAUGAAUUAAAGACUGAAAUGUAAAACCUAAAACAAUGAAAACCCUAGAAGAAAACAUAGAAAAUACCAUUCUGGACAUAGACCCUGGCAAAAAUUUCAUGACGAAGAUGCCAAAAGCAAUUGCAACAAAACAAAGAUUGACAAAUGCAACCUAAUUAAAUUAAAGAGCUUCUACAUAGCAAAAGAAACUACCAAGAGAGUAAACAGACAACCUACAGAAAGGGAGAAAAUAUUUGCAAACUAUUCAUCUGACAAAGGUCUAAUAUCCAGAAUCCAUAAGGAACAAAUCAAAAGUAAAAAAACAACCCCAUUAAAAAAUGGGUACUCCGUGCCACUCCCAGUCAUAGCCUCCCAUGCCUUGCUCAGCUCCAACAUGGCAAAAAUCUCCAGCCCUACAGAGACUGAGUGGUGCAUUGAGUCCCUGAUUGCUGUUUUCCAGAAGUAUGCUGGAAAGGAUGGUUACAACCGCAAUCUCUCCAAGACGGAGUUCCUAAGCUUCAUGAAUACAGAGCUGGCUGCCUUUACAAAGAACCAGAAGGACCCUGGUGUCCUUGACCACAUGAAGAAACUGGAUGUCAGCAGUGAUGGGCAGUUAGAUUUCCCAAAAUUUCUUAAUCUGAUUGGUGGCCUAGCUGUGGCUUGCCAUGACUGCUUCCUCAAGGCUGUCCCCUCCCAGAAGUAGACCUGAGGACCCCUUGGGCCUGGCCUUCAAACCCACCCCCUUUCCUUCCAGCCUUUCUGUCAUC